GACACUGCGUCAUUCCCACGGCACACGGGCACGGCAACCUACAGAGCAAUGCGGAGCUAAGCGAGGCGACCACCAUCGCGGCCUCCUAUCAACCCUCUCCCAUGCCUCUUUUCCCUUUCUUUGCCGGGAGAGCCAUGCUGACGCCUCCGGGUGGGGCCGGCACUUCGCCGUCCUCCGUCAGGGGCUCCGCGGCAGGUAUCCGGCGCCGCCCCGGUCCCGGUCACCGGCUACCCGCAUCUACCAAGGGGCUUGCUUUUGCGGCUCUCGGUUUGGUCACACGCGUAUCCGCCGACCCGAUGCUGCCGUACACCCCGACGACCAUUCUCCUCCCCCCUGAUGGUAGCGCCGGCAGUGGCGCCGCCUACAUCUUCGCCCCGACCGGCGACACCCGAAACGCAGUCGACUUCCUCGCCCUCAACGUUACCAGCCUGCGCACCUCCGCCCUCGAGCCAACCAAACUCACCCCCCUCCCCUUCCUCUCCCCGGACACCGACGACUGCACCACCUUCGCGCCGACCCUCCUCCGCAACGGCACCAUCGCCGUGCUCGCCGGCGACUGCGCCUCCAGCUCAACCUCCACCCUCUGGACCUACACCCCCGGCGACCUCGACGCGCCAUGGACACAACACGCCCUCACGCCCUCCAACGCGUGGGACCACGCACAGAGCGGGCCCUACCACCUCGGCGGCAUGCUCAACUUCUCCCCGCAGCUCAGCCCCGUCCUCUCGGAGCCCACCCUCUACCUCUACGGCGGCAUGUGCCCCUUCCCCAACGCCUCCACGGCCACCUGGCAAUCCAAAGCGACCUACUCCAACCGCAUGCUGCGCCUCACCCCCCCAACAACCACCACCACCAAAAACCCCGAACCCUACACCCUCUCCUACGCCUCCCCGCGCGGCCAGCUGCCCCCCGUCGCGGAGGCGGGCUUCUCCCUCACGGAGCUGACGCCGUCGCUCUCCAACCGCAGUAGCGACGGCACCAACAACGGGGUAGUGGUCCAGCAGACCAGCCACGUCCUGCUGGGCGGGCACACGCAGGGGGCGUUCGUCGGCAUGGCGGCUGCCGCGCUGUGGUCGCUGCCGGAGGAGACGUGGAGUUUUGUGCGCAUUGCGGCGCCGGCACCCGCAGGCGGGGACGGUGGGGGGAAGCCGGAUUUGGCGAGGUUGAGGGGGGCGGGGAGUGGUGAUGGUGGUGGUGGUGGUGGUGGGGAUGAUGAUGGGUCGGAGGUGGAUGUGGGUGUGGAUAGUCGGUCGGGGCACACGGCGGUGUUGAGUGAGGAUGGGACGAGGUUGGUGGUGUAUGGGGGGUGGGUGGGGGAUGUGGGCCAGGCGGCUGAGCCGCAGUUGGCCGUGGUGAGGAUUGGGGUUGGGUUGGGCGAUUGGGAGUGGGAGGUGCCUGAGCAGGCGGCCGGGGGUGUGGGUGGGGUGUAUGGGCAUGGUGCGGUGGUGCUGCCAGGGAAUGUUAUGAUGGUGUAUGGGGGGUAUGAGAUUCCAGGGGGCGUGGGUGAAGCGAAGAGGCAGGUGGGCGGGGGAAGGGAAAUGUUUUACAACAUCACGAGUGGGAGCUGGUCCGACGUGUACGUCAGCCCACUUGUUGAGGGGGAUGGUAGUAGUAUUGGUGACGGCAGUGGAAGCGGCACCAUUCGCCCCGGGGACGGUGAGGGUGAUUCUUCCGGGCCGGCCGGGGACGAUAGCAGAACGGACGGCUCGUCCCUGGCGAUGCAGAUCGGCCUAGGGGUCGGCCUUGGAGUUGGCUUACUUCUCCUAGCCAUUGCGGCUUUCUUCGCAUUCCGCUGGUUCCGCCGGAGACAGCGGCGUAGGGCAGCACGGGACGAGACUCUCCGCGGUCUAUCCCAGGGCGUUAAUGGCACCCUGCCCCGUGGCCUCGGCGACGACGACGAGAUGCUCGAGCGGGAUCACGGCAUGGGCAUGUUCCCCUGGACUGCGGGCACCGCGCGUGACUGGUACGCGGCGGGAGACGACCCCUACUCGCAGGGCCAACGGUCCCUGGGUUACGAAACCCUGCGCGGCGGGCCCAGGCCUCCCUCGCUGUACAUCCCGCCACCACCGUCAGCAUCGACCUUCAGCCACCGGCCCAAGGGCGCCAAGGGCCUUCACCAGCCCAGCUCCUCGUACGACUUCACACCGCUCACGCGCAACCCCAACCGCAUCGAGCCCAUCUAUGAGGCAGACGAAGACGAAGAGGGCGACCUCGGCAAGGGCUACCCGCUCAGCCCGGACAAAGAAGAGCGCGACGACGGCGACGACGGCGACCCCUUCCUCACGCCGACCGUCAGCACGCCCGUCGCCAACCUCUUCCCCGCGCAAACCACGACCAACCCCAACUCCAACUCCCCAACCCCUCCCCCAACCUCCGCCCAACCCUCAGGAGGCGGAGAAGGAGGAAACACCAACGGCCAGGAACAAGACCCCGACGUACAAGGCUGGGUCUCCAACGUCGACGCCUCCACCCCCCACCACCACCUACCCACCACCCGCCGCAAAUCCCAAUCCAAAUCCAAACCCCAACCACAACCCCCCCUUCAACCCCACCCACAACCACACUCACCAACAGCCCAAACCCAACACCCCCCCGGCCCACCGGCAACUACCGUGGCAGUCGCAACCGGCGCAACCGGCGCAACAGGACGCGUAUCACCACUGCGGCGCGGCGCGUCGGCCAAAUCGGGCAGGCACUCGCUGGUGUCGGCGCCGACGGAUUCGUCGUCGUCGGUGGCGACGGAUGAUGGAAGGACGGAGAGCGGGCUGUCGGAGCGGAGCGCGUUUAGUUUCGUGCGUGGCGUUGCUGGGGGUGGGGGUUCUAGUGCGGGUGGGGGUGGAAGUGGUGCUGCGGGGGGUGCGGUAGGGGGUGCGGCUGGGGGGAGUGGGAAUGGGAAUGGGAAUGGGCCUGAGGACCGGGCGCUCCUCUCGCGGCUGCAUACCACGCUUGCUACCGCAACGACGACCACCACUACUGGUGGUGGGGAGGGCCGGCUGGGCAGCAGCGGGGCGGCGAGCGCAAACUCGGGCAACAGCUACAACACGGCGCGCUCCAACUUUGCGGCGCUGCAGGCCGAGGGGCCGGGGUUGCUCCUAGGCCGGCGGGGAGACGACGGGGAGGGCGGCGCCGCUGAUGAUGACGACUACAUCUACCUGCCCGGCGGCCCCAGCAAGAACAAGCCGCGGCGGAGCUGGCUCGGCAGUUUGAAGAGGGUGUUUAGCGGCGGCACGCCCGAGUCUGGGAGCAACGCCAGCAACGACAGCUUCCGGGGGGAGAGCCCGACGCGAGAGGGGCUGCUUGCGUAUGAGGGAGGUCGUUCCGAUUAUGACGGGGGCUUGUAUGGGGUUGGGCUGCAGAAGCGGAGGCAGGGGAGAGAGGCGUGGCUGGGCGGGGACGGGAACGGGGACGAGGAGGAGUGGGAUAGAGAUCUGGAGAGGGCGGCGGAGCAGCGGACGGUGCAGAUUAUGUUUACCGUGCCGAGGGAGCCGCUGCGGGUGGUGAACGCCGAGGUGGAGAGGGAGGAGAGCGUGCUCAUCCUUGACCCGGAUGAUGAGGAGUAUAGCACCGACGAGAAAGCGUCAGUGGCCCCGGUGGAGGCGUCUUCGCAGCAACAGGAUCCGGCACCUGCUCUGCUCCCGCCGCCUCGGUUGGUGCCCCCGACCGAAGACAACGACAAAGCCGCAGACAGGCGAUCAACCGCCACCCUCGAGCCACCGCGCGGCGUCUCCCCGUCCUCGUCAGUGAGGGCAUCGUUCUAUCAUAAGCACUACGCUCCGCACGGCCGAAGCGGUGCGGCUAGAACGGCCGAGGACACGGGUGUUGGAGAUGGUGGAGAGCUUCGAAACACGGAGCCGAGAGGGGAGCCCUAGUGGAAGUCUCGGCGGUAGUCCCGGCGGGAGUCCGGGAAGGGGCUCAUGAUUUGAUUUGUGCUAAAGGGGUAUGUCAUUGGUAAAUGUAUGUUUUAUGGAUUACGAUGGCAUGUUGGAUAACUAGGUACGGAUAUCUGGGGGCUCUCGGUCGCAAAGCUGGUUUGCUUGAUCGGCUGUCAACAUCGGGUGGGACAAGGU